CCCGACUCUCAGGGCGCCGCUAAGUUUCUUCGCUCGGGACCGCGCACCGGGCCCGGGCUGGGCGCGAGCCGUGUGCCGGUUGCCCCAUCCUCGCGCACAGAUCCAGAUCCCGGGCCCGCCCCGGCCCGCCUUGGACCAUGCUGUGCGGCAGCUGGAGAAGGAGCCGUCGCUCUCCCGAGGAACCCCGGGUGGCCGCCCAGGUCGCAACGCCCCUCGCGCUGCCGCCCUCGCCCGCGUCACCGGACAGCGGCACCAAGAGGCCCGGGCUGCGGGCGCUGAAGAAGAUGGGCCUGACGGAGGAUGAGGAUGUCCAGGCCAUGCUGCGGGGCUCCCGGCUCCUCAAGAUCCGCUCACGCACGUGGCACAAGGAGCGGCUGUACCGGCUGCAGGAGGACGGCCUGAGCGUGUGGUUCCAGCGGCGCGUCCCGCACGCGCCUUCGCAGCACAUCUUUUUCGUGCAGCACAUCGAGGCUGUCCGGGAGGGCCACCAGUCGGAGGGCUUGCGGCGCUUCGGGGGCGCCUACGCGCCUGCGCGCUGCCUCACCAUCGCCUUCAAGGGCCGCCGCAAGAACCUGGACCUGGCGGCGCCCACUGCGGAGGAGGCUCAGCGCUGGGUGCGAGGCCUGGCCAAGCUGCGGGCGCGCCUGGAUGCCAUGAGCCAGAGGGAGCGGCUAGACCACUGGAUCCAUUCCUAUCUACACCGGGCCGACUCUGACCAGGACAGUAAGAUGAGCUUCAAGGAGACCAAGAGUCUGCUUAGGAUGGUCAACGUGGACAUGAAUGACAUGUACGCCUACCGCCUCUUCAAGGAGUGUGACCAUUCUAACAACGAGCGUCUGGAGGGGGCCGAGAUUGAGGCAUUCCUGCGGAGGCUGCUGAAACGCCCUGAACUGGAGGCGAUCUUCCACCGAUACUCGGGUGAGGACCAUGUGCUGAGCGCCUCUGAGCUGCUGGAGUUCCUGCAAGACCAGGGAGAGGACAGUGCCACCCUGGCCUGUGCCCAGCAGCUCAUCGAGACCUAUGAGCUCAAUGAGACAGCCAAGCAGCAUGAGCUGAUGACGUUGGAUGGCUUCAUCAUGUAUCUGUUGUCGCCGGAGGGGGCGGCCCUGAACGUGGCCCACGCGCGUGUGUUCCAGGACAUGGGCCAGCCCCUUGCCCACUAUUUUAUUUCCUCCUCUCACAAUACCUACCUGACGGACUCACAGAUCGGAGGGCCCAGCAGCACUGAGGCCUACAUUAGGGCUUUUGCCCAGGGAUGCCGCUGUGUGGAACUUGACUGCUGGGAGGGACCCGGAGGGGAACCCAUCAUCUAUCAUGGGCACACACUCACCUCCAAGAUCCUCUUCCGAGAUGUUAUCCAAGCCGUGCACGACCAUGCUUUCACGCUGUCCCCAUAUCCUGUUAUCCUAUCCCUUGAGAACCACUGUGGGCUGGAACAGCAGGCUGUCAUGGCCCACCACCUUCGAAGCAUCCUGGGAGACAUGUUGGUGACACAGGCCUUGGAUUCCCAGAACCCCGAGGAGCUGCCAUCUCCUGAGCAGCUGAAGGGCCGGGUCUUGGUGAAAGGAAAGAGGCUGCCAGCUGCUCGGAAUGAGGAUGGCCGGAUGCUGUCAGACAGGGAAGAUGACGAGGAGGAGGAAGAGGAGACAGAGGAGGCUUGGGAGGCUGCAGAGCAGAGGAGGCGAGCCAAGCAGAUCUCCCCAGAGCUCUCAGCACUGGCUGUGUAUUGCUGUGCCAGCCGCCUGCAGACCCUGAACCCCAGUCCUCGCCCACCGCAGCCUUGCAAGGUCGGCUCCCUCGGUGAGCGCAAGGCCAGGAAGUUUACCCGGGAAGCAGGGAACAGCUUUGUCAGGCACAACACUCAUCAGCUGACCAGAGUGUACCCAAUGGGGCUGCGGAUGAACUCGGCCAACUAUAACCCCCAAGAGAUGUGGAACUCAGGCUGUCAGUUGGGUGAGCCGGGGCUAUGA